AAAUACACGUUCAAGGAUGUCCGGAGCUCAUUCAACCCGCCAGCUCCGCCGACGAGAAAGGGCCGGUGCCGGAGCCUAGGAGCCGCACCAUGAGGUUUCCCCAGGGCUGUGCCUGUGACCAUGAUCGUAACCGCGCCGCCCGCCGCCGCCAGACCUUCCUCCGCGCCGUCCUGCAGCUGCUGCUGCUCCUAUUGCUGCCGCGGGCAGCCGCCGCGCCGCUGCCUGCAGCCAACUCCUCGGGGGAGGCAGAGCUGGAGGAGGCGGCGGGGCGGCGGGCGGCGCUGCCCGACUGCGAGCGGCUGGCGCGGCUGCUGCACGCCCGGGCCGCACAGCUACAGGAGGAGAUGUGCGAGAAGUUUACCGUCUGCGAGAAUAGCAUGGAAAUGCUCAUCCAGAACAAUCUCAACCUCCCCAAGGUGACAGAGGAGGACGGGUGUCUGCUCACCGGCUUCAAUGAGGAUAAAUGCCUGAGGAAAAUCUCCAGUGGGCUUUAUACAUUUCAGACAUAUCUUCAAUUCAUACAAGAAACUUUUACUAGUGAAAAGCAGAACAUAGAAUCACUGUGCUAUGCUACAGAGCACCUGGCACAUACCAUAAAACAGAUGGUGAUCAAUCCCGAAGAAAUUAUCAUCCCGGACUCAGCUACCCAGGAAUCCCUCCAGGCAAAGCUGAAGUCUGAUAAGACCUGGAUAGAGAAAAUCACCACCCACCUCAUCCUCCGAGACUUUACUUCAUUUAUGGAGAAAACAGUGAGGGCUGUUCGCUAUUUGAAAAACACCAGGAGUUUCAGCGUCUGA